AUGAAGGACCAUCGGAAACCCAAGGACUUGUAUCGCAAGCUUAGCAGGACUCGCGAUGAGGAUCGCGACGACUCUAGUAGCACGGACGUUGAUCUAGAGGCGCUUGACUUAAACGAGAAAGAUUACAUGCACGAAGCAACAUCACGGACAGGAUCGAGCGAGAAGAGCGGGUUUCUCGCUAUACUUAAGGAGCACAGAUGGUUAAUUGACACAUUCUUAUUGGUGGUCAUUGUCCUGUUGCUUUUAGGAGGUGAUUUUCGACGGCACGGGAGAGAACAUUUCUUCGAAGGAGGUGGCGACUUGACGGGGUUUGCGCCGGAGUUUGGGCAGAAGGUCACAACUUUCUCUCCGGACCCUUCCUUUGUGCCGGAAAACACGUCCGAAUUCUUCUCAGAAGAGACUCGGAAGAAGUGGUUAAGUCUAGUGCCGACUAACCCGGAGUGCGUAUUGACAGAGGGCCUCGGCUACCUUGAAAUCAAGGAUCCGCAAGAAUAUGACAAUUUACCGGCGCAGUUAAACUCGUUCCCGGAUCAGUUCGUCGUCACAUCGUCCAUGACGCACCAACUUCACUGUCUGUAUGCCAUUGCCGAGGCCUAUUCAGCACUUACUUCCGACACGAGCCGAGUGCCUCGGGAGACGCCAUGGCACUUAACUCACUGCUUCGAUUACUUGCGACAGAGCAUCAUGUGUUGUGGAGACGUCGCAUUGGAAGGCGAACAAACCACCUUCCCUGAGGGCUUUGACGGCAGUGAUGGAUGGGAUGCGAAGCACGUAUGCAAGAAUUACGGAGAGGUAUAUGAUUACCUUGAGAAGAAUCGAGCCGACGACAAAGUUUGGAUAUAG